UCGUGUAGGCAAAUGUAUCGGUCAAGCUGGGCCUUUCUCUUGGAAUGAAGGGUGUAUAUACAUCGUAUAUACCUGUAGAUAUACAGAUACAUAUAAAAAAUACGAAGUAGAUUCCUACAAUAAAAUAAUAAAAUAAAAGAUCCAGUGAUCCACAAAUUACCUGUAAAUAAAAAAAAUAAUAAAAAAGUUUAGUUUAAGAAAGAGAAAGAGAGGCUUUGCUUUGAGAAGUUGCCCAUGUAAUCUUGGAAAGCAAAAUCUUUCUUCCACACUCUCUCUCUCUAAAAAAAUUGUCCACUUUUCUCUCUCUAAAAAAAUUGCCCACUUUCUCUCUCUAAAAUCCUUCGAACCCUCUUCAAUGGCGGGCGUGCUUUGUAAAUGCACCCCAAAGCGAAACUCCAACGGCUUCAAUGAAUUGCUCUUUGGUAUUCGAAAGGGUCGAAACGGUUUCCGUACUCAACGAAACGUUUCUACCAUUGUUCUUCCCCCUCUUUUAAAGAAGAAGUUCUUCAAAUGGAAAUCUGUAAUGGGCAAGAAUUCUCCCGUUUUCAGUAUGGAUGCCCGAGAGAGGUCAAAAUCCUUGAUUUUAAAGUCAUCAAAACAGAAGAGAGUGCCUGUUUUUGUGAUGAUGCCCGCUGAUUCCUUUAGCAUUGAUACUCUUGGGGCUAUAAGGAUUAAAAGACUCAAGGCCUUGACCGCUUCUCUAAAAGCACUCAAGGUGGCAGGUGUCCAUGGAAUUGCAGUUGAGGUUUGGUGGGGAGUUGUGGAACACACUUCUCCUUAUUCUUAUGAUUGGUCUCUUUAUGAAGAGCUUUUCAAACUGGUAUCUGAAGCUGGUCUGAAGUUGCACAUUGCGUUGUGUUUCCAUUCAAAUGCUCACUUAUCAUCUCGACAAAUAGGUUCUGUGAGCCUCCCACUUUGGAUUCAAAAGAUUGGAGCUAUCGACAGGGACAUAUUUUACCGAGAUCGGAAUGGGAAUUUCUGUGACGAUUAUCUUACACUUGGAGUGGAUGAACUUCCUUUAUUUUGUGGCCGUACUGCUCUCCAAUGUUAUGAAGACUUCAUUUUCAGUUUCCUUGACAAAUUUGACUUGUUAAUUGGUCAUGUAAUUGAAGAAAUAAGUGUUGGUCUUGGUCCUGCUGGUGAACUGAGGUAUCCUGCUCAUCCAUCUGCUGAUGGUCGGUGGAGAUUUCCCGGAAUCGGUGAAUUUCAAUGCUAUGAUAAGUACAUGAUGGAGGAUCUCAAGAUAGCUGCUAGCCAAGAAGGAAAACCUCAGUGGGGAGAAAAUGGCCCACAAGAUGUUGGAAGUUAUAAUAGCUCUCCAUCUGGAGUACCUUUCUUUGAAGCUGGUCAUAAAAGUUUUCUUUCUGACUACGGGCAUUUCUUCCUUGAAUGGUACAGUGGCAAACUGAUUCAUCACGCAGAUGCAAUUCUUGGAAAAGUAGCAGAUAUGUUGAAGAAAUAUCAACAAGAUGAUAAAACAUCUGUGCUACUAGUGGCAAAGAUUGGUGCAAUAUAUUGGUGGUACCACACAUUGGCACAUGCUGCUGAACUUACAGCUGGUUAUUACAACACCGCUCAGAGAGAUGGCUAUGAUCCCUUAGCUUUAGUGCUGUUUCGUCAUGGUGCAGCUCUACACUUAUCGUGCCUUGAAAUGACGGACCGUGAUACACCACCAGGUUAUUUUUGCAGUCCAGAAGGAUUACUACAGCAGCUUCAAGCUGUCUCGAAGAGAAGGACUAUAAGUUUGACAGGAAGGAACUGUAGUGAUCGCUGUGACAAGGCUGGGCUGGAGCAAAUACAAACUAAUUGCACAGAGGCAGAGAUUUUAAGAUCGUUCACUUAUUUCAGAUUGAGCAGCAACUUUUUUAAUCCCGAAAAUUGGUACAACUUUGUUCCCUUUGUGAGAAAAAUGAAUGCUGAACUGUGACACACCAUUCAACCAUUCAAUCUUUUGUUGUUAAGGAAUCAAAUAGAUCAUAGAAUAGCUUUCACUGCCCUGGAGUUUUUGUCAGGCGGGGUAAUUUGAUGGUUGUUCAUCAUACUGACUUCAUCAACUUGUAUUCUUCAUUCUUUACAGAUGUAAAUACUAAAUAGCACUCCAAUGUGAUAGUAGUUACAGCUCUAAUUGUUCUAUAGGAAACUAUCAGCUGUUCUAGGGUACUUAAUAUACUCUCUUAUAGAUGUACGGAGUAUAAUCUCCUUAUGUAAUGAAGCUGACUAUUGCGUUACACUUAGCCUUAUAUACAGCCUUACGGGAAAAGGGUUUAUUUU